CUGAGCUCAUCACCACAAUGGAAAAAUAUCUCGCGCCGCCGCCAGGAUUUUAGGGUUCUACAUUUCCACUCCUGGAAUCCCCUCCUCCGACAUAUAAAACCGGAAGCGCCUCGCCGAGGACCUCUCUUCCUUCCUCCCCCGAUCUUCCAUUUCCUCCCAGGUCGUCGUCUCUCCGUCUUCAGCGCGCAAGAGAUGGCCGAUGUGGAUGAGUACCGUUGCUUCAUUGGGAACCUGUCCUGGUCAACAACUGAUGAGAGCCUCAAGGAUGCAUUUAGAAAGUUUGGAAAUGUCACUGAGGCAAAGGUGGUCCUUGACAAGUUUUCUGGCAGGUCACGUGGAUUUGCCUUUGUGACUUUUGAUGAGAAGAAAGACAUGGAAGCAGCUAUUGAGGACAUGAACGGAUUGGAUUUGGAUGGGAGGGCCAUCACUGUUGAUAAAGCUCAGCCGCAAGGAGCUGGUAGAGACCGUAAUGGUGACCGUGAUUAUGAUCGUGAUCGUGGAUCUCGUAAUGACCGUGGCCGUGAUUCUGGUGGUGGGCGUGCUCCGCGUGGUUCAGGUGGUGGUGGGGAUUGCUUCAAGUGUGGCAAACCUGGUCACUUUGCUAGAGAGUGCCCAGAUGGUGAUGGUGGGAGAGGUGACAGAUACAGUGGCAGGGAUGAUAGGUAUGGUGGUGGUAGAUCUGACCGUGGCAGCGACCGAUCUGACCGUGGGGGUGACCGAUCUGACCGUGGUGGUGACCGAUAUUCUGGUCGUAGCCGAGAUGGUGGAAGUGGAGGUGACCGUUACAGUCGCGACCGAUCUGGUCCCUAUUGAUGGCCUGGAUCUUGAGAUGUAUUUUCUAUCCAGGCAUAUGACUUGGUCAUAAUGCUUGGUGCUUGGUCCUACAUUUUUUGCUUGAUACUCUACUCAGCGAAACUUGCUUUGGUUGAAACUCGUAAGGUGGCUUUUGUUGCUACGUGUGUUGGUGCACAGUCAUGUUGGUUCUGCUCAUGGGGCCUCUAUAUGUGUGGCAUACGUGGGAUUGGACUGGCGUACCAUGUUCUUGUUUCGGUUGUAUUCGGAAGGAAAUGAUCAACUGAACUUAGCUUGAGAACAUCUGAAGAAAUUCAAGUGAUGAAUCAUCCAUAAAAGGAAAAUGAACUGGCUUCUUUUUGGGUUAUUUCUUUUGUUCUGGAUUGGUUUCAGUUCUCCCGUAUUAGCCUGUCCGACAGACCAUUCUCUAAUAACUAAGGGCAUGUUCUUUGAUUGCAACCUAUGGCUCUGACAUAGCACUGGAGGACCUCUGCAGCCUAAAAAAUGAUGCUUCUGCCCCUGCCCCUCAGUCCCUGUUGGUUGGCUUUGCUACCUGGUCGCUGUUCGCCUGCCUCUGAGACUGAACCACCUGAGUUUGCUGCUGCUUCGUUGAGCUGUGCCAUUCCUUGUGAGUUGCCUCUUUAGUGCUAGGCUGCUAACUACCUGGCUCGUGUUCAUUGCCACUUCACUUCCCGGCACCCGGAGCAGCUAGUGCUGCUAAUAUGUUUUAAUAUAACUUUAAAAUGUGAAUUGUUGGCUGCUAUUCUUGCUUUACCGGCUCGCAAUAUAGUACAUAUUUGGUCUUUAGAAGGGAAAAACAUUAGAAUUAUUCUUCUUGUUCAACUUCAUGAGUUGUAACAUAAGAUCUGUAAAUGAGAUUUUUGGCAUUGUCUGUUAGCGACUAACUGGAGUUGCAAGUUUUAAUAGCAACAUGCUACUACA